UGCCGCCGCCCUGAGUCACUGCCUGCGCAGCUCGGGCCGCCUGGCUCCCCGCGCUCGCCACCGGAGAGCUGAGCUGGAAAACGAAAUCUGUCAUUUUUGAAAAUAUUUGGCAUUUGUACAACAUGGCAGACGUCGACAACAAAGAACAGUCUGAACUUGAUCAAGAUUUGGAUGAUGUUGAAGAAGUAGAAGAAGAAGAGACUGGUGAAGAAACAAAAAUCAAAGCGCGUCAGCUGACUGUUCAGAUGAUGCAAAAUCCUCAGAUUCUUGCAGCCCUUCAAGAAAGACUUGAUGGUCUGGUAGAAACACCAACAGGAUACAUUGAAAGCUUGCCUAGGGUAGUUAAAAGACGAGUGAAUGCUCUUAAAAACCUUCAAGUUAAAUGUGCACAGAUAGAAGCCAAAUUCUACGAGGAAGUUCAUGAUCUUGAAAGAAAGUAUGCUGUUCUUUAUCAGCCUCUGUUUGAUAAGCGAUUUGAGAUCAUUAAUGCCAUUUAUGAACCUACAGAAGAAGAAUGUGAAUGGAAACCAGAUGAGGAAGAUGAAAUUUCGGAGGAGCUAAAAGAAAAGGCCAAGAUUGAAGAUGAGAAAAAGGAUGAAGAAAAAGAAGAUCCCAAGGGAAUUCCUGAGUUUUGGUUGACCGUUUUUAAGAAUGUUGACUUGCUCAGUGAUAUGGUUCAGGAACAUGAUGAACCUAUUCUGAAGCACUUGAAAGAUAUUAAAGUGAAGUUCUCAGAUGCUGGUCAACCUAUGAGUUUUGUCUUAGAAUUUCACUUUGAACCCAAUGAAUAUUUCACAAAUGAAGUGUUGACAAAGACAUAUAGGAUGAGGUCAGAACCAGAUGAUUCUGAUCCCUUUUCUUUUGAUGGACCAGAAAUUAUGGGUUGUACAGGGUGCCAGAUAGAUUGGAAAAAAGGGAAGAAUGUCACUUUGAAAACGAUUAAGAAGAAGCAGAAGCACAAGGGACGUGGGACAGUUCGUACUGUGACCAAGACAGUCUCUAACGACUCUUUCUUUAAUUUUUUUGCCCCUCCUGAAGUUCCUGAGAGUGGAGAUCUGGAUGAUGAUUCUGAAGCUAUCCUUGCUGCAGACUUUGAAAUUGGUCACUUUUUACGUGAGCGUAUAAUCCCAAGAUCAGUGUUAUACUUUACUGGAGAAGCUAUCGAAGAUGAUGACGAUGAUUAUGAUGAAGAAGGUGAAGAAGCGGAUGAGGAAGGGGAAGAAGAAGGAGAUGAGGAAAAUGAUCCAGACUAUGACCCAAAGAAGGAUCAAAACCCAGCAGAAUGCAAGCAGCAGUGAAGCAGGAUGUAUGUGGCCUUGAGGAUAACCUGCACUGUAAUAGCCUAAACACAACUCUUAUUUACUUACAGCCUUAUGUUUUUGUAUUUUCUUGGUAGACUCAGAAGUUUUUUUUAAAGGAAAGGAACUGAUAUUUUAAAGACCAAAUUUGUUCUAUUUAGCAUUUUAACUAGUUUUUCUGCCAGCUGCAUCGAAUGCACAGAAUCUCUCACGCAUGUUCGUCCGUUGCUAUAUAGUUUGGUUCUUCUUGGAGUAUUUUUAUCGUGUAACUGUUAGAUUAAAGUUAUGAAAAUGAAUAGAACUGUGAAAUGAACCAGAUUUUUUUGUCUUGCUAAGUUUUUUUCCUGAAGAACCAAAGUAUUUUUUCAGCUGGUUGAAUGGGUUUAAGUUUGCUUGCAAGAGCUGUGCCUUUCAUUACUUUGUUACAGAAAUACAAUGACUUACAUUAAGACAAUUCAUCAUUUAAAAAGCAAAACUUGUCAAGUAUAUGGUUAAGAAUUUCCAGUAAGACUACACCUGAUAAUUUAGAUUAACAGGUUUUUGUAUGUCAGGUGACAUUAGUUACUAUAAGAAAAGCUUAUUAACUAAUAGUAUGGUUAUUGGUUAUCAUAGGGAGGUGAAUAAAACCUAGUAUUUUCAGAAGUUAUGCCUCAUUAUUUUUAAUUGUACUUCUAAAAUUUAACCUCCAUUAACUAAGCAUCUUUUCUUUGUGGUAGGAUCUACCUUCUGCUUUCCUGGAAAGGAUGAAUUUACAUCAUUUGACAAGCCUAUUUCAAGUUUUUUGUUGUUUGUUUGUUUGCUCAUUUUUGUUUUUGCAGCCUAAAAUAAAAAUGUCAUAUAAUUUUAGUUCUCAAAAGAUAAUGUCUUAAUUUUGUACUAAUUCAGGUAGAAGCAGAGGCCUAGCUUUAAUUAUGUACCCAGUUUACCAUAUUACUGAAGAAAAGGGUGCCAAAUUUGGAAGAGGUACUACUGUAUCUACUAAUAAGAAAGUAUUUUAAAAAAAGAUAAAUUCUUAAAUGAUUUAAUGGUUUUCAUAGAAAGAGUAAAAGGUUAAAUUUCAUUUCCUUUGGUCGUAACUAGACUGCAGGCCCCGAGCCUUACGGUCAAUUCCAGUUCUUACUGCUUAAAAUGUGUCAUUUAUUUACCCUUGCCUUUUGUUUGACUGUAUUAAAAUGGGUAGUACUGUUGACUUAACUACCUCACAGAUGUGUUAAGGCAUAUUAAGUUAAAAAUUUUAUGAAAUGUUUCUCAGUUGCAUUAAAACCUCAAAACUUUG